GUUCACUGUUCCCGCCAACUAAAACGUAUCCAUGAAGCCUUGGAUUUCAGUUUUUAUCUUUCUUAGUGUCUAUACGGUGCAGUCAUCAGGCAAAAAAAAGGAUGAACAGUAUGGACGUAUCAUAGGAGCAGAGAACUUCGAAUUCGAAACCAGUACAGGAUUCUUGAAGAGCGUUGAUGAUUUCCUCAAGGUGCAGUUGACCCAGUUGGGUGUAGAUCUAGAUGACCUGCAAAAAGCCCUACAGGCGAAAAUUCGAAGCGCCGAAAAAACUUUUGGAGAUCGUGAAUCUUCUACUCUGACGGACCUUGCGGCGCUGCACCAGAAAUAUCAGAAACCUUUCGACGAAAACAAGAAUAAAGGAGACCUCUAUGAAUGUGAAUUGAUAGCAUACUCUGAGUUGCUUGCUAGUUCGGGCUAUCUACCGGGGAAAACAAAAGCUUGCCGGAAAGUAGCACAAGAAAGUCUUCAAAUAAUUGCUCCAGAUUUCCACAAAAAUAAUGAAAAAUAUGCCGAGAUUAUUAGGGAAGUUGGUGCGAAAAUGAAGGAAUGUCAAUUUCCGUGGAUACCUGACCUGGUGCAAAAGUGUGUUGUAAAACAUGCACUAAAUUUGAAAAAUAAGUCGAAAAUUGUAAGGAUGCAAAUGAAAUCCGACUAUGCAGGCGGGAUUACCUGGCUGAAAUCAGUAAAAUACGCCUUCGAAGAUUGCAUUUCCGGGGUAAUGGACCUCUCUGACCAAAUUGAAGAUGAUGCAUUGGAUGCAAUUUCAAAAUGUUCCAGAAAUGACUAUUAAAUGUUAAUGAAAUCUUACAAGGA